UGGGGGGAUGUCCUUGGCCUUCCCUGUGGGCCGGAGGCAAAUCCCCUGCCUGUCCUUCUUGCUUCCUGCCCCAGGCCCCGAGCUGAGGACGGAGAGCCCGGAGGACAAAUCCCCCCGUGAGACCCUGGUGGGAGAGGCCGUUUUGAAGGGCUCCCCGGCGCAGGAAGGCAGCGGGGAGGGAAAGGGCCAGAGAUCCCCCCGCAGGAGGGGCUCCAAAGCCAUCCCAGGGUGCUCUGAGGAGGAAAGAGCCAGCCUGUGCUGGGAAGGCGGCCUGAGCUUGAGGGGGAGCUCUGAGCUGGUGGUCCCUGAGCAGCCUCCCAGCAGGGAGAAGCCCCUCAGGUGCUUGGAAUGUGGGAAGAGCUUCAAGAACAGCUCCUACCUGAUCCGACACCAGCAGAUGCACACUGGGGCACGUCCCUACACGUGUGGGGAAUGUGGGAAGAGCUUCAACCAGAGCUCCCACCUGUUCAAACACCAGUGCGUCCACACUGGGGAACGGCCCUACGUGUGUAAUGAUUGUGGGAAGAGUUUCAGUGACAGCUGCAGCCUGAUCCGACACCUGCACAUCCACACUGGAGAACGGCCCUACAUGUGUGGGGAAUGUGGGAAGAGCUUCAGCAGCAGCUCCAGCCUUAUCCAACACCUGCACAUCCACACUGGGGAACAUCCCUACCUCUGUGAGGAAUGUGGGAAGAGCUUUAGCAACAGCUCCAACCUGAUCCAACACCAGCACAUCCACACUGGGGAACGUCCAUACCUCUGUGAGGAAUGUGGGAAGAGCUUUAGGAACAUCUCCAGACUGAUCCAACACCAGCACAUCCACAGUGGAGAACGUCCCUACCUCUGUGAAGAAUGUGGGAAGAGGUUUCACACCAGCUCACAUCUCCUCAGUCAUGAGUGGACGCACACGGAUGAGAGGCCCUUCCGCUGCACCGACUGCGGGAAGGGCUUCAAGCACAACUCCACCCUCGUCACCCACCGGCGCAUCCACACCAAGGAGAGGCCCCACAAGUGUGGGGAAUGUGGGAAGAGCUUCACCGACAGGUCUACCCAAAGCAGUCACCAGCGCCUCCACACUGGGGAACGGCCUUACAAAUGCUUGGAAUGUGGAAAGAGCUUCACCAAGAGCUCUAACUUGACCAGACACCAACGGACCCACCGGUAAGCGAAGCCCUACCAGUGCCUCGACUGCAGGAAGAGCUUCGGCCAAUACUCCCCCCUUUCUACACAUAGGAGGGCCCAUUAUCUGGAGAAACCCUUCAGGUGUUUGGAAUGUGGGAAGAGCUUUAGGAGGAGCACCACCCUCCUCACCCACCAGCACAUCCACACUGGAGAACAUCCGUACACAUGUGGUCAAUGUGGAAAGAGCUUCAGGAGCAACACCACUCUGAUCCAGCACCAGAUUAUCCACAGUGCGGAAAGGCCUUACAGAUGUGGGGAGUGUGGGAAGAGCUUCAGGCAGAGCUCCAGCCUCUGCAUCCACCAGCGCAUCCACACUGGGGAACGGCCCUACAUGUGUGGGGAAUGUGGGAAGAGCUUCACUGACAGCUCCAACCUGAUCCGACACCAGCGUAUCCACACCAUGGAACGGCCCCACACGUGUGGGGAAUGUGGGAAGAGCUUCAUGCGAAAAUCCCACCUCUUCACCCACCAGCGCUUGCACACUGGGGAACAGCCCCACACGUGUGGGGAGUGUGGGAAGAGCUUCAAUGACAGCUCUGGCCUCCAUGUGCACCGUCGCAUUCACACCGGGGAACGGCCCUACAAGUGUGUUGAGUGUGGGGAAAGCUUCAGGACCAGCUCCAGCCUCCGCUCUCACCAGCUCAUCCACAGCGGGGAACGGCCCUACAAGUGCUUGGAAUGUGGGAAGGGGUUUCAGACCAGCUCAGAUCUCUUGAAGCACAAGCCGACACACACAGGGGAGUGGGCCUUCCACUGCACCUACUGCGGGAAGGGCUUCAACCGGAACUCCACCCUUGUCAUACACCGGCGCAUCCACACUGGAGAGAGGCCCUACAAGUGUGGGGAGUGUGGGAAGAGGUUUAAACGCAGCUCACAUCUCAUCCAGCACCAGCGGACACACACGGAUGAGAGGCCCUUUCGCUGCACCGACUGUGGGAAGGGCUUCAACCAGAGUGGUAACCUCGUCACCCACCGCCGCAUCCACACCGGGGAGAGGCCCUACAAGUGUGGGGAGUGUGGGAAGAGCUUCACCGACAGCUCUGGCUUGACCUCACACCAACGGACCCACCAGUAAGGGAAGCCCUACCAGUGCCCCGACUGCAGGAAGAGCGUCGGCCGCUGCUUCCACCUCGAAUGAAGCCCCUGAUGCUGAGGCAACCCCUGGAGUCCAGUGACUGUCAGUUCAUCCCUCUUGACCACA